CCUUUGCAGUUGCACAGUGAGCGCAGAGGUUCAAAUGUCAUGCCCUGUGUCCAAUCGCAUUGCAGCACAGCCCCCUGGGAAGGAGGUCUCCUCUGGUGUUGGUGUCCGUGCGGGUGGAAGGGAGGGAGAGAGGGGGGAGUUAAAGCUACUUCUUUUUCAAUGGAGUGUGGGGGUAUUUGUAGCUAGAAGUCUGUGGACAUGCUUUUUACACUUCAUUACACUGACAGGAAGCUGCUGUUCGGAGCGAUCUAUGGCUGACACGGAAGAGGAAAACCUGCAGAGCCAAAUCGAUGAAGUUGAAGCUCUUACUUCAAUCUAUGGAGAUGAGUGGUGUGUAAUUGAUGAAGCGGAAAGGAUUUUUUGUAUUACGGUCUCUGACUCUUCAAAUAAACCCACAUGGACUCUGUGCUUACAGGUUAUUCUUCCAGCAGAAUAUCCAGCUUCCUCUCCUCCUCUUUAUCAAUUAAAUGCCCCUUGGCUUAGGGGAGAAGAUCGUUUGACAUUGGCCAACAACUUGGAAGAAAUCUAUUUACAGAACCUUGGGGAGAACAUCCUUUAUCAAUGGGUGGAAAAAAUAAGGGAAUUUCUGCUGGGGAAAUCACAGACUUCGGAUCCAGCAGGACCCUGUUUAAAAAGUACAUCAGAGGAAACCGAUGUGGAUGAUGAUUGUGAAAUCCCAGCUGAGGAACUAAAUGAGUCAUUUAAAAACUCAAUGCUUUUUGGACUUAAUGAUUCAUCAGGAGUUGAAGAAAUACCUCCAAUAAUACAUGGAGAAACAAUAACCGACAGAAGAAGUACAUUUCAGGCCCAUUUGGCACCUGUGGUCAGCCCUUAUCAGGUCAAGCUGAUACUGAAUAAGCUUUAUGAGAACAAGAAAAUAGCCACAGCUACUCACAAUAUUUAUGCAUAUAGGAUAUAUAUCAAAGAGCAGAAUUCUUUUAUACAAGAUUGUGAGGAUGAUGGUGAAACAGCAGCAGGAAAACGAAUGCUCCACCUUAUGCAGAUAUUGGAUGCACGUGAUGUCAUGGUAGUGGUUUCACGCUGGUAUGGAGGUAUCCUCCUUGGACCUGAUCGCUUCAAACAUAUCAACAACUGUGCAAGAAACAUAUUAAUGGAACACAAGUACUGUAGUGCUGGGAUCUUAAUUUUUGUGUUCCAGGAAGAGUCUUCUAAGCAAACUGCAAAGAGCAAAAAAGUUGGCAAAGAAUGCAAAAAGAAGGCAGACCAUUGAUAUGUUGGGUAUCACCUAAUUAUUCUUAGUGUUAUUUAAUUACAUUUACCAACCCAACACCCUUUGUCUACAGUCAACCCACUAUCAAAGUUUCUCCUAUUCUUUUGUUAUGUGUAUUAGAGGAACAGACUCUCUUUAUAGGCAGACAUUGAUUUUAAGGUGGAAGAUUUUUGGUGGGAAUAUAUAGGAAAGCCUUCAUAUCAGCAAUGGUCAUUACAGGCUAUACUUACAAAAUUAAGCCAUUUUGUUUAAUUUUUGAUUAAUAGAUGCUACUGAAAGAUGGAUUGCUUUAUGCAAAUAAAAAAAUUACUGGAUUUUUUUUAAA